AUGUAAAAUAAUCAAGGUGCAGCAACUUAAGAAUAAUCUAUUAAUUAAGAGAAUAAGUAGGAAACAAGAUUAUGUAAUAUAUGCAUGACUUUCUUUGGAACAGCUGCUACAUAAUUUUAUUGUUCUAAAUGUUACUAGUAAUUAUUUGAAUGACUAUUUUCAUAUAGAUCCAUAAUAAAAGAAACAAAUUUAUAAACUAACUAAUAGUAACAGAUAGUCUAAGAAAUAAAAUAACAAGAAGAAGUAAUAAAAAUGAAAGUAAAAAUUUUUAUUUAGACUAUUUCAGGAAGACCCAUCAAAAUGUAAGGUUUGCAAAAGAAAAUUGGGAAUAUCUGGCAUAUAAUGUAAAUGUGAAGCAUAUUUUUGCAAUAAACAUCGUUUACCAGAGGAACAUUAAUGCACAUUUGAUCAUGCCGAAAAGGCUAAAUAAUUACUUAUCAAAAAUAAUCCACUUGUGAACAUCAAAAAGUUGGAAUAAUUAUGAUAAUUUACCCUAUUAAAUAAGUUCUUAUCAUAUUUUUCAUUGAUUGCAUUUUUAUUAUAAUAGAAAUCUAUUAACAAAAAUUUAUUAGCUUAACUAACUAAUUCUUGUAUUUUAUAUAAUAUUCUAUUUUAUAUUUACAUCUUUAAAAACAACCAUUUAAUCAUUGAUUGUUUAAUAUACUUCUUUUUUUUGAGUGUAUAUGCAUGGCGAUCUUUAUAUAAUAAAUAAUAUUAUGUANUACCUCCUUAUUCUGAAGAUUGUAAAGAAUUUGCAUUAUUUAUUAAUAAAUUGCAUAAUAUUACAGUUAUUGAUGAAGAGGAGUUACUUAAAUUGAAAAGAUAAUUUAUAAAAUAAAAAAAGCAAUCUUUUUUUAAUUUAUUUGAAGCUAUUGCCCAUUCCAUUUAUUUAGAUAAACGAGAUCUAAGUAAUUUAUUAUCAUAGUAAUAAUUUUAUUAUAUUAAGUUUUAAAAUAAGUGUAAAUAAUGAUUUAGUGAGGAUUUGCAAAUUAUUCAAUAAGGAUAAUCCAGAUUAAAUAGAUUUUUAGGAUUUUCUAAAAUUUUUUACUUUUUGA